AUUCAGUUCAAAAGUUUUCAUACACUUGAUUCUGAAUACUGUGUCGUUACAGGAUGAUCCAUGACUUUUUAUGUUUUGUGACAGUUGUUCUCGAGUCCCUUGUUUGUCCUGGGCAGAUAAACUUAGGAAAAAUCCUCCAUGUCCUGAAAAUUCUUCAGUUUUCCAGCAUCUUUUGCAUAUUUGGAACCUUUCCAACCCUUCCCAAUUAACCAAACAACCCAAUUAAUCAAACAACUAGUCAGAAUGAUAUUUUCAUUAUCUGAAUUUUACCCACUCGUAGUCGAAUCUGCUGUUGUGCGAAUUGAUACUGAAUUUACUCAGCUCCUCCUUCACACCAGAGACCCGCCCCUAGUCUUGUUGAUGCUAACUGCUAACAACAGUAGCCUGCUUUUGCCGACACAGAGAAAAUCAACUAGAUGAAUUACCUCAGGAAUUAGUAAAUAACAUCUGGAUGCAUUCAUAUGUGGUAAAAGCUCUCCAGCAUGUCAGCUUGACAUAGAAGAAGCCCAACAACACCAUUUACAGUGAGCAGAGUUCAUUCACAAUGUCACUGAUAUUGAUAUCUGAAGCAAUAAAGCAAACUAUCUGGUCCUGUGGGCGUCAGUAUCACACAGUGAUCACAGUUCACACCUGCAGUGAAGCUCCUCCCACAACAAUUCACCAAUAAAUACUGGGAAUAUUCACAUCAUCCUACAAGAGAAGGACAAACUCCAGGUGUAGCAGCUGAAAUCUGUGUGAAGAUGGAGUUUAUUAAAGAGGAGAUUGAAGAUAUGAGUGAUCCAGAACCAUCCAGAAUAAAACAUGAAGAAACCGAGGAACAAAUAGACUGGAUGGAGAUGAAACCGCAAAAACAUGAACUGAAUGAAGCAGAGGAGGAAAAGCAGAGCAUCAAAACUCAAAGAACAAAAGGUGAUAAGCCGUACACCUGCCCUCAGUGUGGAAAGAGUUUAAGUUGCAAAGGAAACCUUAAGAGACACAUAAGAAUUCACACUGGAGAGAAACUGCAUACAUGCACUCAGUGUGGAAAGAGUUUCAAUAUAAAAGGAAACCUAAAGACACACAUGAGAAUUCACACUGGAGAGAAACUGUAUACAUGCACUCAGUGUGGAAAGAGUUUUUCUCAAUCAUCAGGUCUCAGUUAUCAUCUACGCAUUCAUUCUGAAGAAAACCCAUUCAGCUGUGAUCAGUGUGGGAAGAGUUUCAAAUGUAAACCUUAUCUCAAUUAUCAUCUGCUCCAUCAUUUAGGAAAAAAACCAUUUAACUGUGAUCAGUGUGGUAAAGAUUUUACUUCAUCAUCAUAUCUAAAACGACACCUGAAGGUUCAUUCAGAUGAGAAGCCUUAUGUGUGUUCUGUCUGUGGAAAGAGUUUUUCAUUGCUGCACAGUUUUAAACAGCACCAGAAAACACAUAAUGAAGUGAAAAAUCAUGUGUGUUGUGACUGUGCGAAGAGCUUUACGAGAGCUAGUGAUCUGAAACGGCAUCAAAGAAUUCAUACUGGAGAAAAACCUUACAAGUGCUCAUAUUGUGACAAGAGUUUCACUGAUUCAGGACACCUGAAAUCACACGAGCGAGUUCAUACUGGAGAGAAGCCGUACCACUGUACUCAGUGUGAGAAGAGUUUUACACGUUUAUCAAGUCUUCACACUCAUAUGAAAAUAUGCUGCAAGUGAGAAAUACUUUUUUUUUUUUUUUUAUGUCAAAUACAUUCAACUAAAUAGUGUGAGAUAAAAUAUGGAGUUUUUCCUAAAUGCACAGUAUCAUCUAGUUCAAUUUUGUCAAUUUGGUGACAAAAUAGUUUUAAAUUUUUUUUUAUUAUAAAUUUUUCUAAAUAAAUUUGUUUUUGUAUUUUUUUUUUUCUGUCAUGGUGGGUUUGUGUGCUUAAUAGAUGAAAGAGAAAGCCAUGUGUGGUAAAACUUGCUUGAAAUUUGUCCUCUGCAUUUACAGUUGAGGUCAAAAGUUUACAUACACCUUGUAGAAUCUGCAAAAUGUUAAUUAUUUUAACAAAUAAGAGGGAUCAUACAAAAUGCAAUUUAUUUUUUUAUUUAGUACUGUCCUGAAUAAUAUAUUUUACAUAAAAAAGGUGUUAACAUAAAGUCCACAAGACAAAAAAUAGCUGAAAUUAUAAAAACGACCCAGUUCAAAAGUUUACAUAAACUUGAUUCUGAAUUUUAGAAUCGUUACUGGAUGACCCAUGACUGUUUUUAUGUUUUGUGAUGGUUGUUCUCGAGUCCCUUGUUUUUCCUGAGCAGAUAAACUUUCUUAAACGCAUAUAAACACAGAUAAACACAUUCUUAGGAAAAAUCCUCCAUGUCCUAAAAAUUCUUCAGUUUUCCAGCAUCUUUUGCAUAUUUUAAACCUUUCCAACCCUUCCCAAUUAAUCAAACAAUCCAAUUAAUUCAGAAUGAUAUUUUAAUUAUCUGAAAUUAUCUGAAUUUUACCUACUCCUAGUCGAAUCUGCUGUUGUGCGAAUUGAUACUGAAUUUAUUAAGCUCCUCCUUCACACCAGAGACCCGCCCCUAGUUUUAUUGAUGCUAAGUGCUAACUGCUAACAACAGUAGCCUGCUUUGUCGUCACAGAGAGAAAAUAUACUGGAUUAAUUACUUCAGGAAUUAUGAAAUAACACCUGGAUGCAUUCAUAUGUGGAAAAAGCUCUCCAGCAUGUCAGAUCUGGUCCUGUGGGCGUCAGUAUCACACAGUGAUCAUCACAGUUCACACCUGCAGUGAAGCUCCUCCCACAACAAUUCACCAAUAAAUACUGGGAAUAUUCACGUCAUCCUACAAGAGAAGGACAAACUCCAGGUGUAGCAGCUGAAAUCUGUGUGACUGUUAAAGAUGGAGUUUAUUAAAG